AUGAAAUAUACUUAUCCAAAAGCCCGUACAGCUAUUUCUGGAUUCCUCGCUGAUUCUAAUUAUGAAACUGAGAUAGAGCAGGGCCGAGGGAAAAGGAGGAAAAAGAGUCGACAAAUUACAUCAUCAGACAGUGAUUCUAAUUCUAAUAUCUCAUUAAAAUUAACGACGAAAAUUAUUCCUGCUCCUCCUCCUCCUGUGUAUCUCAAGGAAGCUUUCUCCAACAUUCAACACUGUGAUAGUGAUUCAAAUUCCAAUACUUCUUCAAAACUGAUGAAGAGGAAUGUUUCUGCUUCCUCUACUAUUAAGUUAAGUGAGGUUGAAAAGCUUCAAAAAGAAAAGUUUGAAGAAACAAACGUAAAUAAAAGGGUUAAAACAAAAAGGUCAUUCUCUAAACAUUCUAACAUGAACAUGACAAGAAAGGAAAUUCAAACAGCAAAAGAAAUUGCGACCUCGAAAAUGAAAAGGCCAAAAUUAUUAACCUCAUUAAGCAAGACUGUAAAAUCUCCAUUAAAACCUGUGUCAUCAUCUGUGUCAAUAUCUUCUUCAACUUCUUUCAAUUCAUUGUUUACAAAUAGUUCUACUAAUUCUAAUACAAGUGCUGUUCAAGAAAAAGAAAAUCUUUCUUCAAAUGUGCAAUCACCGAUGCAAGAUACAAUACCUGAAGACAAUUUGUUUAUUGAUGAUCUAACUUUAACGCAAGAUUCUAUGCCAACCGAUAAUUUUAAUCGUAAUUCUAAGAACAUCAACAGUGACUCAAACUGCGAAAAUUCAUCACAAUUAUCUAAUUUAAGCACUUCUCACCAUACGUACGGACGUAAAACAUUUAAAGAGCAGUUGCCUGAUAAGAACAAAGAGGAGACAUUAAGCUUAUUCAAAACGAAACUUGACAGAACACUUGUUGUAAUGGAAGAAGUUUCUGGAAAGCUAGAUAUUCUCAACAUGAACAUGACCAAGCUCAUGAGAGCUAUAAUACCUUCAGAAAAAAGAAUUUCGCGUCCUGAAAAAAUGCCAGCAUUACCGCUUAACACAAAACAAGAUUUAGAAGAAUUUAACAAAUUCUUGGAAGCGGAUCAUAAUUUAGCUGCUGCUUGUCAUUACAUGUCCAGUUAUAUGAAAUUAAGCGUGAAGAAUCCCGAAAGGAAAAGCGCAACAAAUAUGCUAACAAAAUUACUCUCUAAUACACUGGCAAGUGAAAUAAAUUGUGAUGGAGGUAAUGGGAAAAUUGCUUUCAAAUCUCUUAAACUUUAUGAUUUGUUUCAAGGAACUCUUCAAAUAGCUUUUUCGAAUAGUGAUCUCAUUGAAGCAAAUACAGCUUUGGCUAGGUGGUUAAAAGAUGCAAAAUGGCGCAAGCAGUGUGACGGCAGUUUGGGAAAUAGGAAGAGGAAAUUGUAAAAUUACGACGAAACAAGAGUAGCAUUUUUUAUAAAUAAUAUAUCAAAUGUUUAAUUACUUAUGGGUUCAUCAAUUCUUAUGGGUUCAUUAUGGGAAUAUAUCAACUUGAGUAAACAUUUUGCACAGAACAGUAUGGGAUUAUUUGAUAAGAUUUUUUUUAUACUUUAAAGAAAAUGUGAUUGUUAUUUUAUGGCAGAAUCUUUAAUAAGACUACUUUUUAUACAAUACUCUUUAAAGAAAAUGUGUUUAUUUUACUUACUUAAAAAAGCUUUAUAUUGUUACGUUAUAUUAUUACGUUAGCUAUUGGGGCUCUCUUAUGGUUUUUUUUAUUUUCAUUUAUUAGAAUUAGAUAAAUGGCUGUGUAUGUGUAAUAUUUUAGUUUAGAAAGCGUAUAGAGAGAUUUUGACAUUGUUAAAACAUUUAAAUAUUCUAAGCGAUAUUUCCAAAGAUAAUAAUAUAUGUAUACAUACAUGUAUGUACAUACAUGUAUAUACAUAAUAUAUACACACUUCGGCAUACAAAGUACCGAUUUCUUUUAUAAAUUCUAGUUGGUAAACAUUAACAUAUUCUUUUGACAAACAUUUAUAAUAAAUAAUAAUGAUAAUAGUAAUAAUGUUAUAUGUAUUAUCAAUAUAUGUA